UAUUAUUAUUUUAAUUGUUGUGUGCACACACGUUGGUUGGUAAAUUUUGCUAUUUUAUUUGUUUUUCAUUACAAAAGUAUUUGUGUAUUUUAUUGUUAUUUAUAUUUUUAAUUGUGUAGUUGACUAGAUAAUUAUUAGUACAUAUAAUUCGUAUUAAUUAUAAAUAAUUAAUCAAAUAGUCGUGACAUACAACAAAAAUAAUGCGGGCUAAUAAUAUAAAUAUUAACGAAACAAUAGUCAUUGAUGGUGAUGAUGAUGAUGAAGGUGAUAAUGAUGUAAUUACUGUGGACAAUGUAGUAUCCACAUCUCCAGUAUUUAAAAAAAAUCCUUUUUCUGUCUGGGCGAAAACACCACCAAGUCGAAAAAAUGAACUUGAGGUUAUGGCAUCAAAUACUUUUAGUCAUGUAAAAAAAAAAUUAAAAGUUAGUGAUGGAAUACAAAAUGAUACAAUUAUUGUACUCACCGAUGAUGAUGAUGAUGACGAUUAUGGCGAUGAUGGUAAUAAUAACAAUGCACAAUCACAAACAUUUUCUCAUCAAUCACCAGUUAUCAUCAAUGAUUCAGAAAAAUCACCAAUUGAAAAUACACAAACAAAACAAGCAAAACAAACAAAUACAAAAAAAAGACCACGAAAAAAAAAAUUAAUACUCACAGAAUCAUUCAUGUCAUUUGAUAAUGAACAAGUACCAGAUGGUAACAAGAAAGAAUCACCAAAACAACAAAAAACUUCAAAAUUAAAUAACAAAAACAAUGAUAAAAACAUAGAAAUAGUUGAUGAUGAACAAGUACCAGAUGGUAACAAGAAAGAAUCACCAAAACAACAAAAAACUUCAAAAUUAAAUAACAAAAACAAUGAUAAAAACAUAGAAAUAGUUGAUGAUGAACAAGUACCAGAUGGUAACAAGAAAGAAUCACCAAAACAACAAAAAACCUCAAAAUUAAAUAACAAAAAAAAUGAUAAAAACAUAGAAACAGUUGAUGAUGAAAUUGAGGUUGUAUGGCAUAGUAAUCCUACUGAUACAAAUCAAGCACCAACAAAUAAUGAUGCUUUAUUUUGGUAUGAUCCAGUUGGUACUUCAAGUAACUUGGAAGUUUUGGGUUCUUGGGAUACACCAUUCACAGAAAAUCCUAUACAAAACGAUCCAAUUACUAGCAAUAUUAUUUAUCAAAAUUCAUUAAACAAAAGUGCUGAAGUUCCUGGUAAAAAAACUUGUAACAAUAAAGCUUUAACAACACCAGUAAAUACUAACAACACUAAUGCUUGUCUAAAUUAUAUAAAUGGAUAUGCUGUAUCUAGUGUUAGAGAAACUCGUCAAAACAAAGCUAAAACAGUUAAUCCAACUAGCACUAAUGUUUCUAUCAAUAAUAUAAAUAGACAUGAUGUACUUACUGUUAGAGAAACUCGUCAAAACAAAGCUAAAACAAUUAAUCCAACUAGUACUAAUGUUUCUAUAAAUAAUUUGAAUACAAAAGCUGCUGCUAGAAAACCUCGUAAAAAGAAACCUACAGCAGCUAAUCCAACUAGCACUAGUGUUACACAAAAUAAUUUAAAUGAUAAUACUAAAACAACUGUUAAAAAAACUCCUAAAAAUAAAGGUAAAAAAAGAGUUAAAAGAAAACGUCAAAUAAGUGAAACAUAUGUUUAUGAUUCAUCUGAUGAAAUCGAUGAAUCAAAACAAAAUGAAAAUGAAAGUUUAAAUACUGAAAAAUCUAUAAAUGAUGAUAAUAAUAAAAUAACUAAAAAACAAAAUUUAAAUAAUGAUAAACUACGUGUUAUUGUUGUUGAUGGUUCAAAUGUUGCAAUGGCACAUAGUAACAAUAAAUCAUUUUCUAUAAAAGGUAUAGAAUUAAUUAUUAAAUAUUUUACAUCUAGAGGACAUAAAGUUAAAGUAUUUUUAUCAAGAAGAAGAGAUAAAGGUAAAGAUAAAAAAUUACUUGAUAAAUGGUACAAAGAAGGUAUUGUUGUAUUUACACCAAGUAGAAAAGUUGAUACCAAAAGAAUAACACCAUAUGAUGACAGAUUUAUAUUGGAAUAUGCAACUCAGAUUGAUGGAAUUGUUGUAAGUAGUGAUCAAUUUCGUGAUUUGUAUGAAGAAAAACCAGAAUGGCGUAAAACAAUUAAAACAAGAAUAUUACCACCAACUUUUGUUGAUGAUUAUGUUAUGUUUCCACAAGAUCCACUUGGUUGUAAAGGACCAUCACUUGAUAAAUUUCUUCGACACUAAUGGUAUAAUGUGUAUAUAUUCAUUACUUUUCAAUUUAAUUUCAAUUAUUAUAAAUUAUAAAUUUUCUAUGAUUAUUAUUUAAUCAAUUAUUUUAAUUUGUUUUUCGUUUUUUUUUUUUUUUUUUUUUUUUUUUACUGAUACACAGAUUGAAAAAAAAAAACAAUGUAAAUCUAAAUUUAAAAAAUUGUGUUCAUAUUUACAUUUUUGUUUUUUUUCUUCAACAACUAUAAAUAUUUUGGUAAAUUUUUCUUUUCAUCCAGGGUGUGUUUAUCGUAAAUCAAACUUACUUUAAAGCUGCUUUUUUUUUUUUCAAUUAUUUACGAUACUUGUGAUGUUAAAAAUUAAUAUAAUAUCAUUUACAUGUGUUAAUUUUAUAUAUUGAUAAAAAACAAGUUAUUUAUUAACGUAAAAAAAAAAAAACAAAAAAAAAAAAAACAAAUAGAAAAAUAGAAAAAUGUACAAAAUGUAUUUUUAAAAAUAUAGUUUACAAUAAUUUAUGAAAA